AUGAGCAAGGGAAAAGAUGCCAAAGCAGAAGAAGAGCGUAGUUGGAGUGAGCUGCCGCCGGAGUUAUUGACCCUCAUCAGCCGACGGAUAAUCAAAGUAAAGGAUACAAUCCGUUUUCGAGUGGUUUGUAAGACAUGGUGGGAAAUCCUCGGUGAGCAGCAACCUCUACUGUUCCAUCAAUCAUCAGCCUUGCUGAUGUUGCCGUAUUGCAAUAAUGAAGGCAACGGCAGCGCGUGCCGCCUGUUUAUGGAUGUGGAACGCAACCAAUAUCACCACUUGGAUUUCGAGGAAGGCCUGAAGCAAGCUACUUGUCGGGGCUCAGCAUUUGGAUGGCUGUUUAUGGUGCAGAGUGUCCCUGUGCUAUUCAACCCUCUCACUGGGGAUCAAAUUUCACUCCCACCCCUUACUACUUUCCCAGAUAUUUUGGCUCACUGCCCGGAAAGAGUCCGUGGUGAAUACCUGGUUCUGGCUUCCGAGUUCGACGACCAAAUAUUCGUGAUGGGCAAGAAGUACGUGGAGUAUAACUUCUUUGACCGGAUCGCAAUGUCAGCUGAGCCCAACGCGGAGGGCUGUGUUUUGAUGGUUAUCUGCUGGGUCCUAGACCAACCGCGCUUAGCAUUUUGCAAGCCUGGAGGUGACAACUGGACAUUGCUUCCGCAUCCUAACGAUGUCCCGUUAUAUUAUAAGAACAUAGUGUUCUGGAGGAAUAAAUUUUAUGCUAUUGACGGCGACAAUAGAAUUCUCAUUUGUGAUCUUGCUAUUCCCAACGUGUCCUAUUUUGCUUCCAAAGGUCUUCCUUUUCUCUUUGAAACCAGCUACCUAGUUAUAGGUCCGGCUGAUGAGUUGAUGCUCGUAGCCAGAAGUUCAGCUGAACGUGAGGAUGCUUUUGGUGGCCUAAAUGAAGAACAUGAUGCUGGCCAUGAAGAGGAUGCAGUAGGUCAGGAUUAUAGAGUGAUUCCUGCCCAUAUUGAACAAGUUGAUGAUGACAGGCAUGAGGUUGAUGAUCAAAAUUUUGAGUACUGUUGGGAUAGUGACACAGAUGCUGAGAGGGAAUACCGUCCGAGUUAUGAGACCAGAAAGUUUACCGUUUACAAGCUCAAUGAAGAUACAAACCAAUGGGAUGAGAUUGAAAGCAUUGGUGAUUAUGCUAUGUUCUUGGUGACGGCACUAUUGAGUCGCUCUGCUGCAUCAACUUAUAUGAAAAUCCUUCUCUAG